AUGGCACGCAACAUGAGGAGCGAGCCUCCCCAAGGAGGCUCAACGCUGGAACCCAGCCUGUCAACUCCGGCCAUCCACCCGUCUUUUAUACAGGUGGCCAAUCCAUACAUAUUCGAACAGACAAUCGAAAACUGCAUCCAGGUAAUGAGCGUUAACCCCCUUCGCGAAACCUCAUUGCGUCUUCAAGGCGUGGCGUGGAUCGACAGUGUGCGCAGAGCCCUCAACCUUCCCAUCCGCACUUUCGAUACAGCAGAUGCUGCGGCUGCGGCUUUAUUCACAGCCUGCAAGAUUGAAGAUACGCUCAAAAAGUCACGAGAUAUUCUCUGCGCAGCGUACAACUUGAAACUGGCGCCCUCAGAGCACCUAUCGGCUGAUGAUCCUAUGUUUGAAGCAAAUGCGCGUGGUAUCAUCGGUCUCGAGCGACUCAUGUUAGAGGCUUCUGGGUUUGACUUUCGAACCCGGCAUCCCCAGAAGACCCUCAUGAAGCUAGGUCGGCAUUAUGGCUUAUUACAAAACUCCGAAGUCUCCAAUCUUGCAUACCGCAUUUCGUCGGAUCUUUACCGUACAUUUGCACCCAUCAAGCAAAAUUCAUCGACGAUGGCCUUUAGCUGCCUUGAGCUUGCAGGACGACUCUUGGACCAGCGCGUCGAACAAGUGGAGUCCGGGCUAGACUAUGCGCAGUGGAGCACCAGCCGAGCAGAAAUCAUGGAAACUCUCUUCGACCUCCUAGAACUUUACACCCACCACCGCCCACAAACCGCCGUCGGCUUGGAAUUCCCAGCAGACCGGUUCCUAACCGUCCGCAUCCCGCUCAACCAAGAAGCUAGCGAACACCACAUCCCGCGCUACCACCCAUGGAUCAGCCAGCUACACAAACCAUCUAACGGCACUGCCAUCAACAACCAAGAUGUUUCACAACCUGCUCAUCCCUUAACACCAAUUGCCGCGAACGGAGACCGCCAGAGGACAGGCGAGCGAGGCCGCGAUGCCGCCGUGCGAUUCAUGCUCGAUCCUGCAUGCGCGGAUGAGGAGAGGCGACAGGUCGCAGCGUACUUCAAAGUUGAAAUGGAAGAAUAUGAAGUCGAUGGGUAA